UCACAUUAAAUCUGUAACAAUGUGCAGAAAUGCUGAUAUUCUCCAUCUAUAAAUACAAGCUCUGUCUAAGAGCGGAGCUUCAAAGUAAACCUGAUUACAUUUCAGUUUCUACCAAUAUUCCAAUUCUGCUUCAUGGCUCCAGUGCCUAGUUUUCCUAUUGAGGUUGGACAUAUUGAUGAUGUCCAAGAACUGAGAAAGGCCAAACCAACCACAAUUCCUGAAAGAUUUGUCAGAGACAUGGCUGAGAGGCCAAAGCUUGCUGCAACUCUAUCGUCACCUAGUGACAUUCCCAUUAUUGAUCUAUCUAAGCUCAUGAAAACAGACCAAGAUGAAUACCAAAGCGAAAUUAUGCAACUCAAAACUGCCUGUGAGGAAUGGGGAUUUUUUCAGGUACUGAAUCAUGGGAUUGAUCUGAGGAUGCUUGAAACCAUUGAAAAAGUAGCCAAAGAUUUCUUCAUGUUACCUUUGGAGGAGAAACAAAAGUAUCCAAUGGCUCCAGGGACAGUUCAGGGAUACGGUCAAGCUUUUGUGUUCUCAGAGAACCAGAAGUUGGAUUGGUGCAACAUGUUUGCUCUUGGUGUUGAGCCUCCUUUUAUAAGGAACCCAAAACUCUGGCCAUCAAAGCCAGCUGACUUCAGAGAAACUUUAGAAACUUAUUCAAAAGAAAUCAGGAAACUAUGUAAGAAUCUUCUGAAGUAUAUAGCAGUGAGCCUUGGUUUAAAAGGGGAUGUUUUCGAAGAAAUGUUCGGAGUGGCUGUGCAAGCAGUAAGGAUGAACUACUACCCUCCAUGUUCAAGACCUGACCUUGUUUUAGGCCUUAGUCCACAUUCAGAUGGAAGUGCCCUUACAGUGUUGCAGCAGGGAAAAGAUAGCUCAGUAGGACUUCAAAUUCUCAAGGACCAAACAUGGGCGCCUGUUCAGCCUAUUCCUAAUGCACUCGUGAUCAACAUCGGUGACACUAUAGAAGUUCUUACAAAUGGAAAAUACAAGAGUGUAGAGCACAGAGCAGUAACUCACAAGGAAAAAGACCGCCUUUCAAUUGUCACUUUCUAUGCUCCUAGCUAUGAAAUAGAACUUGGUCCAAUGGCAGAAUUGGUGGAUGAGAAGAAUCCAUGCAGAUAUAGAAGAUACAAUCAUGGAGAGUACAGUAAACAUUACGUAACUAACAAGUUGCAAGGCAAGAGAACCCUGGAAUUUGCAAAGAUCGAAUCCAAGAUCUCUACCUAAGAAGGGCUCCACUUGGUCUCCCACCUAGAUUUACUUGUAAUUACACUAUAGUUUAUAACAUUACAAAGGCAUUACUGGCGUGUUUAGAUCACUACUUGUUGUGUAAUUUUGUGUAUCAAAACCGAGUUUGUAUCAUUAAUGGACUGCACUGUUGUUGUGUAACUCAGCUAAAUGCAUAUCAGAUAAUGGAGUUUGUGGGGUCUUUGUUUUAUAAAGUUUUCUUGUCAAAU